UCGGCGCCUCUACAAGACACGAUUUUGGAGCUCGAUAGUCCUACCAAUAUCAAUCAAGACGGCCAAAAAAAGCUCUUGCAGGUUUUUGCAACCAUCCGUACUGGAGUCGCAUGUGAAAUCAAGAUCACUAGUAAUUCCCAAGCCAUCGGGUUCAAAUGGCCCCUUGAACCACUUCACUGGAACAAUUAUGGCACUGAAACGGAUACUCGACACCAUUUGAAACUUUUAAAGCUCAUCUUAGCUGCGUCGUCGGGCACAACAGAAUUUCAAGUGAUCAGCCAGCAGGGGGCAGUUCCUACCGCCAAGGUUGAGCCAACAGCAGAUGGCGCAGAUUCCCAGGAUUCAAUGGAAUUGUGGUGCGAAGAGCACUGCCAAGUGGGCUCUGCGAAUUUCCUCGCAAAUCCGUGCCUGGGACGAUGCCGCGGCGUGCUCAACAUCCCGACGGCGUGGUCUACCGUCUGUAAAAACCUGCGGGAGUCGGCGCCUCUACAAUCCCUAGGAGGAAGUACUGUUCUUCGGGGCUGA